GAUUAUCAGAUGUACCGUAACAAACAUCAUUUGUUUAAAAAUAUUCAAUAACCUUAAAUUUUUAUAUGAAAAUUCUUUAGAAAAAAUACAAUUUUGAUGGAUGAUAUAAUAACUUAUCAGUAUUUGAGAAGCAAUUAGCUGAUUAAUGUAACGAUAUUUCCUUGCAGAUUGGGUGAUCCAUGAUAAUUUUUUGCUUUGCGCAAAACUUUUUUAUUUUUGUUACCAUAAAGCAUUACUAGUUUUCUACAAUGUGUUGCUUUAUACCGCGUAUGAAUUCUUCAUUCUGUUUUCAAUUAAAUAUUGUGGCUGGAUUUUUGGUUAUGCUGAUCCUGUAUACAGUCUAUUUCACUUUGAGAUUUAUAAAUAUAUUUUCAAAACAAUGCAACUACUUUGUGAUGGGAAACGGAACCCAUUGGGAUUUUGGACAACUGGAGGAAAUUAAAAAUGCUACUAUUGUCAAAGAUUUACACAUUUCACUACCACUGGUCGAAUGCUGCGAUAAAUAUUUCAAUACUACAGUUUGGAAUGUGGUUAUCCUGGUCAUGUUCAUUCUAUGUUUAUUUCUUCUCUUCACUUUUUGUUACUUGAAUGACCAAGUUCUACUAAUUGCUAUAGGUGCAUUUAUGAUGGGAUGUUUCGUCAAUUUGAUUUUGCAAAUCGUCGCAUUGGUGGCACCAAUUAUAGAGGAAACACAAAACAAACCAGUCUGCUUUAUAGAGAAUGGUUUGAUGAUAUUUGGCUACAUAUAUAUGAUUAUCAUCUUAAACAGCUAUUAUUUCAUGGUGGAUGACAAUAAGGAGUGACAUAAUAAAGUUAAUGUUUUCAACUGAUAAAGAUCAGAUUACACAUACCUACCCAAAUGUACAUCUUCAUGAUAUGAGUUCUUGAAGCAAUACUUUGAAUGAUCUUUCUAGACAUGAUAACCAGAAUACAAAUUUCAAUGAUCAUUAGAAAUUAUAUAUCAUUUUAAUAAUGCCAACUUGUAUGAUAAAUAUAAGGAGAAAAUAAAUAUUACAGAUUAUUCUAAAUGUCUUUUAAUUACUAAAUUACUAUUGGUAUUGGUAAACGUUCCAUCUUUCACAAGGAAUUUUCCAUAUGGAAACCAAGAACUGAUCAACAUUGAACAAUAAACAUCGAUGUUGAUCAGUUUUACAAACCGGUAGUCACAAGAGAAAUUUAUAAAUUAAAUUGUGCGUCAAUCAAAUAAAAUACACUCAGCGUUUACAGCAUUAUUCUUGAUAGAUUUGAAAAGCUUGGAAAAAGCGGCUGGCCUAAGCAUAUAAAAAUCAUCAAUCAUAGAAAAUAUUAUUUGGUAUCGUAACUCUUUUCAUCAUUAAAUUUUGCCAAUGAACAUUAAGAAAGUAGAAAUAAUAUCUACCACUGAGAAAUAGCUUUGUUAAGUUUACAAAAAAAAAGUUGAAGGCCUAAGCACCAAACAUCAAAACUCUCAAGAUAAAUAUGCCUAAAUAUAUUAGAAACUAGAUUCAAAAAUGUUAGAGAAGUCUUUCAAGUUUUCAAGUACAAUUAAAAAGUUUUGGAAAAUAAACUACAACAUGAAUUAGGUGGGAAAAACAUUUGAUUUCUAUAAAAAAAACUAUUCAUCUUUAUUCAUACCGUAUUUUAUUUUUUUGGUUGUACAGUAUUAUAUAUGGUGAGAUUCACUUUAAACCUUCAACAUCGGUUGAAUGAAAAUAUUGAUAUCAUUUAUAAGGAAUGAAGAUUGCUUAAAACGUAUACAAUUAAAAUAAUCCAUUAAAUACAGUAUCGCGGUAUACAUAAAGUAACUUUAUUUUCACUGUCUUGUCUUCUCCAACUAGAAUCAUUGGUAGUCUUUAAUAGUAAAAUGUCCACUCUUUUACUAUUUGGACGGACAUUUAAAAUUGGGAGUGCAAUAUGAUUCUUGCUGAAAAACUACUCAAGUGGUCAGCAUGGUCAGCAUUUUAUAAAAGCAAUACUGAAGUGGAAAAUCCAAGAUAAUACUGAAUUAUUUCUACGAUUAUUUCUUUUUCUUUUGAUUCGGCUAUUUACAACAAAUAAUCCGCUAGUUGAAUUUAUACACUGUACAGCCAAUUUAGCUGUAAUAACUGUUCAGCCUAUUAUGAUAAUCCAUUUGUUCACUUGAGAUGUAUUUUAUCCUAGAAUAUCUUUUGAUUUUCGAUUUGGAUCAUUUAUUCUCCCAACGCUCUUGGUGGAGUAUUGAAAAAUUACAUAAAUUAUAUUUAGAUAUAUAGAGGUUUGAAUUUCUCAAUCCAUUGCAGAAUACGAAUCAGAACUAUCAAUUCAUUAGUCUGUGAGAAAUUUUUUUAUUUGCAGUUUUAAUAUUUAAUUUUGAAAAUUGAUGAGUUAUUAUAAAGUUGGUAAGAAGAAUUAUGUGGCCAAAUUGUAGUGAAAUACGUCAUUUCAUCAUUUUUUUAAAGUUGGUAAGAAAAAUUAUGUGACCAAAUUCUAAUGAAAUACGUCAUUUCAUCAUUUUUUUUAUUAGUA